GGACCACUUGUUUCCCUUGAAGUCAUGAAAACGAGGCUGCAGGCACGCUCCCCUGUUGUCAGUGUUUUGCGAGGGCAGACAGCCCGUGUAACGGGCGACAGCCACCAGACUAGGCACGCUCCAGUUGCCACUGAUCCGUUUCUGAGCACCAGCAGGCGUGCAUUUGGACCACACGUGCGACGCAUAUAACACGCGGGGCCACGUGAUGUCAAGAGCCGCGCACAGGAGCAACCACGCCAUGAGAACGUACUGCCUCUUCAUUAUUCUCGGUGCGGCGGCCGCCGUGCUGGGGGAGGACCCGGGCCCGUGGCGGCAGGUGAACCCGUCCAUCGACCUGGACCACUGCGGCCCCCACCACCUGCUGCGGCCGUGCCCUCCGCGCUGCUCGCUCGCGCUGCGGCCCGUCUACGCCGUCUGCGAGGACGGCCACCUGCGCAGGUUCCUCAACUGCUGUGCCUGGCGCCGCGACGUCUGCUUCUACAAGAGGAAAUGCACUUUCAGCCACGAGGAACCAGUCGGAGACAAAUGGUGA